AUGGAUCAAGAGUUUUUUGAUGCAAUUAAGAAAAAUGACAUGACAACAUUUUCAAACUUGGUGAAAGAGAGAGAAGGAAUCCUCAACCAAAGAACAGAUGAUACCUUAAGCACUCCAUUACACCUUGCUUCCAAGUAUGGUUGCAUUGAAAUUGUGUAUGAGAUUGUUAGAUUAUGCCCUGACAUGGUUUCUGCUGAGAAUAAAAACAUGGAGACUCCAAUUCACGAGGCUUGUACACAAGAGAAUGUUCAGGUUUUAAUGUUGCUGUUGGAAGUCAAUCCCAUGGCUGCUUGCAAGGUUAAUCCUAGUGGUAAAAGUGCUUUCUUUGUAGCUUGCUAUCAUGGUCAUCUUGACUUGGUGAACCUCUUGGUGAAUCUAUCUGAGAAUGUUGGGCUAGAAGUAGUAGGGUUUGAUCAAGCUUGUUUCCAUAUUGCCGCAUCAAGAGGGCACUCAGAUGUUGUUAGAGAGUUGUUGAACAAGUGGCCAGAUCUUACUCAACUUAUCGACGAGAAUGGGAAUUCAGCAUUGCAUCAUGCUUGUAAUAAAGGACACCGAGAGAUUGUAUGGAUCCUACUAAAACGUGAUUCAAAUCUUGCUUUACAAUACAACAACAAUGGUUAUACACCAUUGCAUCUUGCAGUUAUGAAUGGGAAAGUCUCAGUCCUCAACGAUUUUGUGUCGGGAAGUUCAGCUUCAUUUCACUGCCUCACAAGAGAAGAAGAGACGGUGUUUCAUAUAGCAGUGAGAUAUGGAUGCUAUGAUGCUUUGGUUUUCUUGGUGCAAAUUGCCAAUGGCACAAAUCUAUUGCACUGUCAAGAUAGAUAUGGCAACACUGCCUUACAUCUUGCAGUUUCAGGCGGUCGCCAUAAGAUGACAGAUUUCUUGAUCAACAAGACAAAGCUGGACAUUAAUACUAGGAAUAGCGAAGGGAUCACAGCACUCGACAUUCUUGAUCAAGCUAUGGACAGUGCAGAAAAUAGGCAAAUACAAACCACAUUUAUCAGAGCUGGUGGUAGAAGAAGCAUUCAAUCUUCCUCUUUUUCACUUGAACUUGACAAGGCCUAUUCUCCCUCACCGCCAUCUAGGCUUUCUCCGUCGCGACAUUAUAUACCCACCGAAAUGGAAAUACUAAACGAAAUGGUAUCUUAUGACUGUCUAAGCCCUCCACCAGUUAGCAAAAGCACUGAAUCUAGAUCACCUCAGCUUCAAAUAAACGAGACAUUCGAUAAUGGAACCGAUAAUCCUUAUUACUUUUCACCAACAAAUUUAGUGAAACACAAACAUCAUAAUAAUAACAAAGGGAAAAUGGAAAACAUGAAUCAUACCAAGAGGAAAAACUACCAUGAGAUGCACAAAGAGGCAUUACUAAAUGCAAGAAACACCAUUGUAUUAGUGGCUAUUUUGAUUGCUACCGUAACUUUUGCUGCUGGUAUUACUCCACCUGGUGGUGUGUACCAAGAAGGACCAAUGAAAGGGAAAUCAAUGGUAGGUAAAACAACAGCUUUUAAGGUAUUUGCAAUAAGCAAUAACAUAGCACUCUUCACCUCUUUAUCUAUAGUCAUUGUUCUUGUUAGUAUCAUUCCGUUUCGAAGAAAGCCACAAACAAUACUAUUGAUCAUUGCUCAUAAGGUUAUGUGGGUGGCUGUGGCAUUUAUGGCAACUGGCUAUGUUGCAGCAACAUGGGUGAUUUUGCCGCAUAGUCAAGGGAUGCAAUGGCUAUCUGUUGUGUUAUUAGCACUUGGUGGUGGCUCUUUAGGAACAAUCUUCAUCGGUCUUACGGUGAUGUUGGUUGAACACUGGCUGAGGAAAUUUAAGUUGAGAAAGGGAAAAAAGGAAAGUGGAGAUGAAAGUGUAGACUCAGAUAAGGAAAGUGAGAGUUCAGAUUUUCAAAGCUCUUAUUUACAAGGUUAUCAUUCAUAUUGA